ACUUUGCUCCAUUAUCCCAGUGGGUAUUGCAAAUAGGAAUGGGUUUUUCACGAUCGGGGUGUUCGUGGUAUUGUUCUGGUGUGCAUGUAACACCGCAUUGUCUUUUUUUGGUUUUGGCAUAUGCAUGGCAUCUAUGGUGGUCAUUCCAAGGAUCAUGUUGGGGGCAAUACCACUCCUUAUCUUUGCCUAACUUUUUUGGUGAACAAAAUUUAAGGCAGCGUUCUUUCUUUUCUGUUGUUAUAUUUUUACCACGGCAUCGGAGGCGGGCAUGGUCUUCACAGAAUUCCAGCACGAUGUCACGCUUGUUGAGGUUCUUAUCCUCCUUGCAAAUCGGACAUCCCACUUGGGUUACUGGGGUUACUUGGGUUACUUGGGUUACUUGGGUUACUUGGAAGCUGCACUCCUCCAGGGCAUCGAUCAACUGCUUCAUAUCAGACUCUUCUGAUUUCGGACUUUCAUUAUAGUUCUGGCUAUUAGGAUUGGAUUGCUCUCUUGGAUUACUGCUGCCUCGUGUUCGGCAGUUGUCCAAGUCAUCAGUCUGCCCCAUUCUUGUCACCGUUAUAGAAGCCAUAGUACUAUCAGUAUCAAUAGGCUGGCACGUUUUAUCAGGAAGAAGGACGCUUCGGUGAGUAUAUCUAGAGAAAUGG